AUGGAGGACGAGUCUUCGUCUUGCUCCUCGGCGCUGCCCGGUGCCGGGGCGGUGUCUUUCCUCCAGAGGACCCUGCAGCGGCUAUCAUCCACCCAGUGUCUGAAGCUCGGGGCCGGCGAGGAGGCUCCGGUUGCGGUCGUUGCCCUUCAGAGGUACUUAUCCGAUCAGAGUGAGGGGCAGCAGGGGGAAAACUACACCUACGAUGUGACUGUCACUGACGGAGCCUGGAGAGCCAAGUGCUUCCUCCACCCGGGUCUACACCACCUGGUCCACAGCAACACCCUGAGGACCGGGGCGGACAUCAGCAUCACACAGUGCACCUUCGUGUACAACGAGAGGAGGCUGGGACACGGGUUCAUGUCCAUCGAGGGGCUCCGGUGUGUGGCGGGGAGAUCCGUGGUCCUGCCCCGGGUGAGAGAUGUCAGCUCGCUGCCCAUGCUGAUCAGACCCGGCAUGGAGGAGAGCGUGGUGCUGCGGAGCGACAUGCCCCUCCAGGUGAGCCGCAAGCACUACCUGAGUCUGUGGAACAACGACGACCCGGAGGGAGACAUGUGGAGCUCGGGUGCCCCCUCGUCCGACCUGGUGCUGGACGUGUCCAAGAUCACACUGCUUUCCAGUCUGGAGUCUGGCUUUAGAAGCUCAUGGAAUAUUCUGCCUCUAUUAGUGAAGGUUAUACACAAAUCCAGAUUAAGAUUUUACGGGAAGUUUGGUCUGAAGAUUGAUUACCCCUACCAGGCAUACUUUGAAGUUGCUGACCAGAGUGGCACCAUGUCCCUUGUGCUUUGGAAUGAACUUUGCCCAGAGUUUUACCAGAGACUGAACGUGGGCGCUGUGUUGUACCUUCAGAAUUACACCCUGAAGCCGAGUUAUCCAAACCGGUCACGGCCGCAAAUGGAUCAUCACAGAAUGAAGAGCUUUAACUCUUUAGAAAUCUGCCUCAACGCUCGCAACCCAGUGUCAAUCAUCAAUGUGGUGUCACCAAAAAGUGUGCUGCCUCAGUGGGGACUGCCGGAGGUUUCCUACCAGUUCACCACCAGGUCAGAGUUGGAACAAUUAGCCAACAAUUCUGCAUGUGAUGUCAUCGGUUUGGUGACGUUUGUUGGUCGCGUUGAAAGAGUGAAGAGCAAAGGGAACAAGGGUCCAGAAAAAUACUGGACGUACCGCUGGGUCCACGCUGUGGACGGGACGUCUGGUCAUCCUUUUAUCCUGGAGAUUUUUUCCUCUUCUCAACCAGAGAUCUUCAACUGUAUAUGCCCAAUGACCUACCUGGUUUGCACUCAGAUGAGGGUUUGUCACGUGGAAGGUUCAUUGCCCUACCUCACAAGCAGCUGUGAGACAGAGACAUUCAUCACAGGCUACCACAAAGGUCAGCCAUAUGUGAGUCAUCCCCAAGUGAAGAACUUCAUCCAAUGGACCAAAACUCUGAAGGACAACGUCGUCCUCCAGAAGACUGCUGUUGGCGGCCAUUACUGUUAUCCUUGUCCCCCAAAGGUUUUCACACAGUCUCUGGCAGACGUCUCAGCUCAAGUUCCUCUGGUUGCUCUGGCCGACCUGAAGAGGGAGUUAGAGACCCUGCAAUACAGGGAGCAUAAACAACUGGCCGUUCAAGGACAGAUCACAUCGGUGAGGUACAGGAACGCCCCAAAGAAACCAGACUCACAAGGCACACACGAGAAAGAGGUGCCUGAUGUUCCCACUGAUGUGUGUGAACCAGUCACACAGCAUCAUCCCUCAGCAGCUGAGGAGAGUUUGACGGACACUUCGACAUCUCCCUCUGCCGAGAAAAUCUCAGCAAUCAGAGGAAAAAGAAGAAUUGAGACGAGAAAAGCCGCGGGGUCGUCUUUAGAUUGUGGUAGCACUCCAUCAAAAAGAAGAACCAGACCUCAGAGUGCAGAGGACGGACAAGAGGAGGUAGAAGACGACAGCAGCGUUUCUGAAUCCGAGGAGGCUCAGGAUGCGGAACACAGACCGUCAUCACAAAAUCCAAAUCAAGACUUUGAUGUUUUAUACUGGGAAAGCAGCGGCUGGCUGAGUCAAAGAGAAGAAAUGUCUGAGCAUUUGGGUCGAGAUGGUUUUUACGAGGACAGUGUCUCUCAGAGGUUCACGUCUGAUGCAAAGAACGUCCUCCUGCAGUGGAGUAACCUUCAGCCAACACACUGGACACCAGAGCAAAGCGCUAACACCAACCCACUUGUGGUUUGUCGAGGAUAUUACCACGUGACGAUAUUGGGCAUCAACAAACAGAUAGCAGUCGAUGCUGCAUAUUUUCCUGUUGUGAGUGCAGAUGAGCCCAGGGCUGUGGGUCUUCCUCAGGAUCCCCAUGGCAACACAAUGCUGUCCUGCCUUUCUUCAGGCUUCCUUUGUCCUCUCAGUGACGCAGAGAACCAAAGUGAUUCAGCUCUUCCCCAGCCAGAGGAGAUCUUAGAGAGUGCCGGUGAGAUGGAGGAUAAACAUGUCGUGUGUAUUCUGGACCUUUGUCAUCUGGGUGGAGAAGCGGUGGAAGUCGUGAUCAACAAGAUCUACAGAGUUUUGGAGGUUUCUCUCAACUAACAGCUCGACAAGAACAAGUGUUCACCCCUGUGGUACUUUACAAUCACGUCAGCAGAAAGUUAUUUUGUCCAGAAACAUAACCUUCACUUGUUUUAGAUCCAGCUUCAAUUGAUAAUUUAUAAAUUCUCCUGUAACACAUGUACA